UAAAAGAGUAAAACUUCGAACAAGAACAUCUGUUUCUGCAAAUUCAAUGAAUCAGUCUAACAUUUCAUCCAUUCCAUUAUCACAAGGUCAACAGCGGUAUAGAAUUAAUCGUAGAUUGGGUAAAUUAGAUCUUUCUCUAAGAACUUCUAAUACUGAUUCGAUUAUCAUGUCUGAUGACAUCAGUGUGCUACAAAGAAGUUUAAAAUCUGGUAAAGUCAAAGUUAAAUUGUCUUCAUCUAUGAAAAAAGCAUUGAACUCGAUGGAUUGUGAAUCUAUUCCUAAUGAUGAAAAACUUAUCUUAAAAAACGUUCAAAAAUCAUGGGAGAACAUAAAAUUUAAAGAUAAAAAAAACCAUUUGACUUUAAAAAAGUUAAUUACUAUCAUUCGUUUAGGAUUAUUAAUUAAUAAAGAUGAUAUUUACUUAUCAGAUUUACUUAGAUGGAUCUAUGAAGGACAUCUUCAUGUAAAUCGUGUUAAUCUUUUUUUACCUCCAAAUGUACACCAUAGUAUUCCAUUAUCA